CCCUCAACAACAUGGAAAUACACGUGUAACAUUACCUCAACCCUCAACCCCUUCCUCUCCCUCUCACCCAAACUUCAUCCACAGUUCCCAAAUCCCCAUUCCCGUCUUCUUCUACUACCCUUUCUGUCUACCAUCCAGCCCAUCCUCAAUCCUGGUCGUUUUGCUUCAUCGCACUAUCAUGCCCGGUAGCUUAGAAGGCCGAUAUAUCAGACUUGAGAUUAUCAGUGGAAAAAAUAUCAAAGUUCCCUCCUUGCGCAUCCCCGCAGGCAUCCAUGUGUCCGUCAAUCUCGACUCGAGCAGACGCUGGAAAUCAACAAUCGGUGUCCUAUCAUCCGACGAAUCUAUAACGUGGCGCGAUAGUGUGACCUUAUCAUCAGAUGCGUCGCCUACGUUAUCAGUGGAGAUCAGGGCUUCCUUCGAGCUCGAUUGCAUGCUAGGCAAUGGAGAAGUUGUCGGAAAACUUGACAAAUCAUGGGAUGAGCUGCUAGAUCAUGGAAAUGAGCCUUUCGACAUCUCCUUUCCGUCUGUUCACUCUUCCCUCACACUAAAGGCCACGGUUCUACAUGACUGUGACUAUCAGGACAGCGCACUGCCUGACUCCAUCGUUGAGUGUCAGAUUGCUCAAGACACGGAUGCGGGCCAUGAACGAUUUGCCACAUACGUGACAAGCAAGACGGUCUCUCACCUGAAUGAUGCUGUAAAGCAUUUUCAGUUGGUCCUGGACCAAUGUCCAGUCGGCCAUCUUCAUCGGGCAGCGGCUCUCACCAACCUUGCGUGGGCUCGCCUUAAAGGCUACAUUCGAAACGAUUUUCAAGACAUCGACUCUAUCACUUCUCUCUUCCGCGAAGCCCUUGCAUUGCGUCCGCAAGGCCACCCCGAUCAUCCCUUAUCCAUCUAUAACCUCACUGAAGCGCUGACCUGGCGCUACAGCAAAGAGAACUUCGCCGUCGUCUAUAUCCAGGAAUGCGCGCAACUGUCCUGCAAGCUAUUGCCCCUCUGUCCAGAGGGCACCUACCUUCAUAGCAUCGCGGCAGGGGCAAAUGGCGUCGAUUAUGUGAUCCGCGAAUGCAACAAACUUCCAAAAGACGCAUCCGAUGAAGGCAUCCACCUUCGACGAGUCGUACUCGAGCUUUGUCCUCUGGGCAGCGCACACCGUCCGAAAGCACUCGACAAGCUUGCACAGGCAGUUGAAGCACGCUUUGACCAGCGCGGCACCAUUGAUGAUCUAGCAGAGAGCGUACAACAUGGCCGUGAAGCCGUUUCUCUGUGCCCCAAGGGACAUUCUGAACGCGACACCUACCUGAAUAACUUGGCCUACUCACUCCGGUCCCGCUUUGAUCACCAAGGCAACUCAGAUGACCUCAAUGAGGCCAUCUCUUUGUAUGAAGAAGCGCUGCGCCUGUGCCCUGUUGGGCACAAAUCUCGUGAUUUCUCAUUGAACAACCUAGGACUCGCCCUCUGGACCCGUUUCAAGCAACGUGGUGAUGUUAACGACAUCAUCAGAUCCAUCAGCCUCCAGCGCGAGGCACUGACGUUGUGCCCGCCUGGGAAUCCAUAUCGUGAUUACAUGCUUAACAACCUUGCGCUCGGGCUCGAAACCAGAUAUGAGAAAUUAGAUGCCAGCGAGGAUCUCGACGAGGCCAUCAACCUCUACCGGGAUUCACUUCAGUUAAGGCCGCAUGGCCAUCCACUUCGCUAUUCAACUCUUAACAAUUUGAGCUCGGCGCUCCGUUCUCGUUUCACGCAAACUCGGAAGAAUGAAGAUAUCGAGGAGGCUAUUCGACUCUGCCAAGAGUCGUUGGAGGCUUUGCCUUCACUGCACCCUAAGAGAUAUUUCAGCUACAUGUGGCUGCAGGAAGCCUAUUUAUCUCGUUUCAGGGUGCAACGCGAGUCUGCUGAUUUGUCCCUUGCUAACGCAUCAACGAGGCGAUCAAUUGGACUUUUGCAGCGGGAGAGUCACAGUCAUGCCUCUGCACUAGAAGCCUACAAAAUCUUUUUCGAGCUUCUCGACAGACAUUUGUCAACGCGAUCUUCAAUUGUUGCACGGCGCGAAGCUGCUUCUGCUUUUCGUCGUGCCAGAACAUUGCCUGUGGAUGCGGCAUCAUGUGCCAUACGCCUUGACAAACUACGAGACACAAUUGAACUUGACCUCGAGUCGACAAAUGCCAACCUUGCUCACCAGUUCUCGGAGCUCAGCAAGCGUCUGUCUGAUGCUCAGGGUUCCGCCGGCAGUGCUGAUCGAGCUGCUGCUGAUCGAGCAGCGAUACAGCACAGGAGACUCCAGCAGCAGUGGGGAGCAGUGACUUGCAAGCGGCAGCGCGUCAUGGCCCAGUCAUCAUCCUCAAUGCGAGUCAAUAUUUGUGCAGCGCCAUCGUUGUCCCGACCUCAGGAGAGCCCCACCACGGAGAUACGACUUGCAUCUUUUAUGCGCCCAGAGGAGACGAGGAAGGAAUUGCAAGUCCUCUUGAGGACAGUGUGGGACGAGAUCAUGCUCCCCAUCGUCAUCGUCCUCCAGCGUGAUCUCAGAGUAACGAGUGGCUCUCGAAUCUGGCUGUGUCCAACUGCAACCUUCACUUCCAUUCCUCUCCACGCAGCUCACCCCUUUCGAACGAAGGCAGACGGACGGCGUGAACUAUGCCUGGAGGACAUGAUGAAGAAACGUGUGACUCCGUCAUUCGUCGCAAUCGGACAAAGUUCACCGGGUGCGGGGCAAGGCGAGGCGCUGUUGACUGUUGACAGCGAGCUUGAGCUCGUCCGCAAACUCGUCCCCGCGACGGCCAACUCCACCACUCUCUCCGGCGACGAUGCCACUCGAGCAGGUGCACUCGAUGCUUUACAACGCAACACCUGGGUGCACCUCGCUUGUCAUGGGAAGCAAGACCGCGAGCAGCCUUACUAUUCAUGUUUCGCCAUGAAAGACAAACCUCUCACGUUGCUCGAUAUCAUGGAGAAAGACAUUCCUCACGCUGAGUUUGCAUUCUUGUCGGCGUGUCAUACCGCUGUUGGCGACGAGAAGACACCAGACGAAGUCAUCCACCUCGCAGCUGGACUCCAAUUUUCAGGGUUCAAGAGCGUCAUUGGCACGCUGUGGGUGGUCGACGACGCUGUCGCAAAACAUGUUGUCGAAGCUUUCUACAAGAAGAUGGUCAAGGGUUUGGAGGAUGGUGAUAUGAUGGACUGUACGAAGGCGGCCUGGGCACUCAACCGUGCUACAAAUGCCGUGAAGACGAAAGUGCCGCUCGAGCAGCGGAUGGUUUUCAUACAUAUUGGUGUGUAGUUCUAUGUCUCAUUGUUUCGAUAUCGUACAGUUCUUCAGGUUAUUCUCUUUCGUCUAUGCUGUACUUAAAGUUGUAGGAAUUAGUGUACU